AUGUCAGUCAGGCACCAAAAGGAAGUCGCAGUGGAGGGGACGGAGAGUCCAGAGAUUGUCUCAACUUGGUCUCCGACAGGCAUUUCUUGGAGUGGUGGAGCAGCUCGGGAGGACUGCAUGACACCCGACACAGAGCAGAGCUUGGAAAGCUCACAACCUCUGGAAGAGGACAUGGCUUUAAACGAAGUCCUACGAAAAUUAAAACGUACUAACAAAGAACAGCAAACUCUGAUCCAAGACCUACAGCGUAGUAACAUGUAUUUAGAGAAGAAGGUUGAAGAACUGCAGAUGAAGACAACUAAACAGCACGUGUUCAUGGACAUCAUCAAUAAGCUAAAGGAGAAUGUUGAAGAAUUAAUUGAAGACAAAUACAGAGUAAUGCUAGAGAAGAAUGAUACAGAGAAGACAUUGCAGGAUUUGCAUGAGAUUUUAGUUAACACCCAAAAACAUCUUCAGGAAUCCAGGAAUGAAAAGGAAACCUUACAGCUAGAGUUUAAGAAGAUCAAGGACAAUUAUGUUAGUCUACAGGAAAGGUACAUGACUGAAAUGCAACAAAAAAAUAAAGCUGCAAGUCAGUGCAUGGAGAUGGACAGAGCCUUAAGCAAGAAAGAAGAAGAGGUAGAGAGGCUGCAGCAACUCAAAGGAGAACUGGAAAAGGCCACCACUUCUGCUCUGGACUUGUUGAAAAAGGAAAAAGAGACCCGAGAACAAGAGUUCCUGUCUUUACAGGAGGAAUUUCAGAAACGUGAAAAGGAGAACCUGGGUGAAAGACAGAAACUGAAAUCUAGACUUGAGAAAUUGGUCGCUCAAGUUCAAAAUUUGCAGUUCAUAUCCGACAAUGAAAAGGCUAAGAAUACAGAACUCCAGCAGCAGAUCAACAAAGUAAAAAAUGAAAACUCAAAACUUCAGCAGCAGGUUGGAAGGAGUGAGGAGCAAAAUUAUGUCCCUAAAUGUGAGAUAGCUCAACUCAAGGAGAACUUAGAGGAAGGAAUAGAGUCAGAUAUGGCAAAGGAUGCAAAGAUGAUACAUUCUAAUUUGUUCCUGAAUCACUCACCUUGUGAAGGAGAGAGCCUGAAUCCCCCAGACAUGAAAAGAACUUCGCAGCUGACCUCCAAAAUUUGCAAUCUUCUGGCUCUGAUGGUACGACUUCUCAUGUGCCAGGACAUCACCAAUCCCGAUGCCGAACAUUUCAAAGAGAAUGAGAAAGUUAGUGAUAUCAUGCUACAAAAAUUGAAGAGUUUUCAUCUUAAAAAGAAAAAGUUAGAUAAAGAGCUACUGAAACAUAAAGACAGAAUCACAGCUUUCAGAGAGUUAAUUGCUAAUGAAAAAUCAUUUCAAGAUCAGGAUACUGAGGUUACAGACUUUGAUUCAAAUGAAGCCAAGAAUGUCGGAGACGUACCUGUCUUACUGGGAGCCAAACUGGAUCAGUACCACAACCUAAACGAAGAGCUUGAUUUCUUGAUUGCAAAAUUGGGAAAUCUUCUAGAGUUAAAAGAAGACCACUGCAACAGACUCAUUGAAGAAAAUGACAAGUAUCAAAGACAUUUAGGCAACUUAAUAAAUAAGGUUACAUCAUACGAAGAAAUUAUCGAAUGUGCUGACCGAAGGCUCAUGAUAUCGAACUCCCAGAUUGCACAUUUAGAAGAGAGAAAUAAACAUUUGGAAGAUUUAAUUAGAAGGCCCAGAGAGAGAGCCAGAAAACUAAGACUGAGAAGUGAUCCGAAGUCCAUGACCGUGGUAGGUCAUACUGAUGAUAAUUAUAAAGAAUGCUAUAUUCCCAUGUAAUUGUCAAAUUACACAAAAUUAAAUAUGAG